UGUAGCCAUUCUGCUAACAUGGCUAUUAAAUAACUGUACAAAGUAUAAUUCUGUGUAUAAUCAUAUUGCUGGGACUUGUAAUUCUAUUAAUCUUCAGCACUGAAACAGUUAAUUGCUGAAGACUUUGCUGGGCUUGCAGGAAGAAGGAAGAUUCCUCCCACCAAUAGGAGAGCAGCUUUCAGACUGAGGAGUUUGUAGCCAGUGAGAGAAAGACUUACUUCAGGGAGAGGAGAACUUUCUGGAGCUGUGAGGGGGAGGGCUGGAAGGAGAGAAACGCAGGGGUGUAUCCAAGGGAGAGCAUGCACAGAGCUGGGCUGUAUGGGAGGUGGAAUCCCUUUUCUCCAGAGUGACCAGUGACUGCCUGCUCUCUUCUGCUUCUUCUGCCUAAUACCUGGAGAAACUCUUUAUUACUGCAGUGUGAAGGAAGCUGAGGCAGCAGUGAUCGGCUGAUAGUGGAUCCAGUCUAUUGGUAUGCUUUAUCAUCUGCCUAUAUUGCAGCCCCUGCACACUCACAGGCCCAGUUUUCAGUGAGUGAUUCCUGUGGAUAACCAGUACUGUUUUAUGUGCCUUGUGGAUUACAAGUACUAAUAUAUAUGAGCUCCAACUGCCGGCCUUGCUGCUUAUACUAACACUGGCCAGUGUUCAGGGAACUUGACUUAAACAUAAUCUUAAUCUGAGUUGAUUAUAUCAGUCUGUUUAUAUAAAUCUGCUAUUUAAAGUACAUUCAACAAUUCAUUGUCAUUUUCUAUUCACUGUUUGCUAUUGCAUUGCUGAUUUAACUUUGUGUUCAGAUGCUACAACCUAUUUGUUGACACAUAUCGCUAGUAGAGAGAUUGUUCAGUUUAUCUUUGUUAAUGGGUCUCCGGAUCCAAUAAAAGUGCUUAGCAUUAUACUGCUGGUUUAUGUGUAUCACUGGGGGUUGUGGGUGUCACCAAAGCACCAAAGGUGGUCGAGAGCAGGACCCAUAUAACACAGCUACACCUACGGGUGCGCUACACUUGGGGGCUCGUCCGGGAUCCUUGCUCCGCCCAAAUCUCCGCCCCUAUUUCCCUAGACUAAGUGUUAAAGUGAUACAGAAGGCAAAAUGAACCCAGAAGCAGCUGCAAAGUGGUGUAAACAGCACAAUGCUCAGCCAGAACAGUGCUUAGUUUUCAUGUUGCCAGAUACUAAAUGGACUGAUGUACAACUACGUAAUGUAGCUGAGUCCUUACCAGUGGUUGGCCGUGGAUUUGUAUUAGACAGCAUCAUGGAUACUGCUGAACACAAGACUCUAGCUUUAUUAGAAUGGAGAAAUCCCUUGGUGCGUGAGCAAAUACCUCAGAGUGUGUCAGGUCCAGGAGAAAAUGUAGUCCAUGUGAUAUUCCCUGAAAGAUGCACUACUUCACCGACAGAAGAAAUACCUGGAGACACUGCAUCACCUUCUACAACAGAGGUUGAAGUCUCACUACCCAGUAAUGCCAUAGGACCAGAAGUUCUGAAUGCUUUGGGAAGUCUUGUAGAAAAAUGCCUGAAGCCCACACAGCCAUUUACUGGAUUUGGGUACCGCAAAUUACGUUUCUUUUCCGGCAAGCAACCCACCCCUCAGGGAGAGGAAGAUUUUGAAUCAUGGAUGGAUCAGGCUUCACAGGCCGUAGAAGAGUGGGACAUCCCAGAAACCCAAAAAAAACAAAGAAUAGCUGAAAGUUUAAAAGGAUUAGCUGCUGACACCAUACGCAACUUAAAGAUGAGCAAGUUUGAUUGCACAGCUAAAGACUAUUUAGAAGUGCUGCAUGAUGUGUUCGGGAGAACAGAGAAGGCGUCUGACCUCCUGUACCAGUUUGAGCAUACAUACCAAGAGGUUGGUGAAAAAUUAUCUGAUUAUAUUAAUCGCUUAGACAAAAUACUCCACCAGAUCAUCCUAAAGAAGGGAGUGGACCCAAAAGUAGCUGAUCAGGUGCGGAUUGGUCAGAUUUUGCAAGGAGCUCAAGCUAUGGAUCCCAUCAUGUGGAAACUGAGGAUGAGAGACAGAAGAGAAACUCUCACCUAUUCACAGUUGGUUAAAGAAGUGAGGGAAGAGGAAGCACUGCUGGAAGCCAAAUCUCAGACUUCAACUCAAGCUGCAAGCGGAAGUAAGCCGGAGCUUGCAACAGUACAUACUACUCAAACAGGGGUCAUGGUCCCAAGUGUUGUGAGUACCGAGGUAUCACAGCUACAAGCGCAAGUGUCUACACUAACAGAAGCAAUAACCCAAGUUACCAGAUCCGUUGCAGAGCUGCAGAAGAUUGUGGUAGUUUUAGCUGAAGGGAAGGAUACCCCUGCCAAAGCAUCUACAGUGAGACCUAAGGGAGAAUCUGCAAAGCCCAGGUCCAUAGCUAUAUCUGGAUUUUGUUUCCGCUGUGGAGAAACAGGGCAUAUGAAGCGACAAUGUCCCAAUGCUGAAAAUUUGUGAAAAGUAAAUGAACUGCUAUUGGCAAG